AUGUCAACCAUCGCCUCACCCGCAUCUACGUCAUCUGAUCACGGUUCUGACGAUGCAAAGUCACGUCGCAAGUCUCGCGUAUCGGCAGAACACACUCUUAACAGAGUACGCGAAAAUCAGAGGCGCCAUCGCGCUCGUCAAAGAGACCAUGUCGCAACCCUGGAGGGGAAACUUGCUGAGACUGAGCAAUUGCUGGCCGAGGCAAGGGCCGAGAUAGUCUUGCUAAAAGCACAACAAGAUGUCACAAACGCCAUAUGUCGCGAGAACCAUAUCGAACUACCAAAUGACAUCACAUCUAUCAAGACGUCAAGCGAGGACGCGGGGAAUUCUACUAAGCCAUCGGCGCCAGCCUCUGUAGUAAUCGACAACGGCCAGCAAUUCCCAUACACAACGAACCCCGACCUAUCCUUCCUGGACGACAUCUCGUCUGCAUUCAUCAUCGACAUGAACAGCCUGCAGAUACCAAUGCCAGCGCCCCCAAAGGAAGAGCUAGACUCAUUCAGCGGUCCACCACCCUGCUGUUCGGACACCGCAACUGUACCUCUCCCGGACGAACCCGUCGAUCCAGAAUGCUCGACUUGCAAGACGAAGCCACCACCUGAUCCUUCCGAGAGCACCACACUGUGUGCGCAAGCCUUUAUCCUAAUAUCACAGCAAAACUUUCGAAACUUGGACCCCGAGACUAUCAGGAUGUGGCUAGCCCAAGGCCUGAGACGGGCGCAGAGGGAAGUGGUAUUUGACGGCCAGGAAUGCGAAAGAGGACAUAACCUCCACAUCCACUAG